GUGAAUGCAACACGUUUCUACCGCGAGCUGGUGAAGAACUGCAAGCCGUUCAGCCCGUGUCUGAGGGAGUGUGUGGACUACCUCGUGCAGCAGAAGACCAACGACCCUUGUCUGCGUGGUGACGUGUUCGAGUUCAUCGAGGUGCGGUAACUCUUGUUGAACAUGGGCAACUCUUGGCACUCUUUUUUUAUUUAGAUGGCUCAAUCCCAGUUCAGUUGUAUUACUCAGGUUAUUUCCUUUGGAGUUUAAAAAAUUCUCCUAUUUUAGAUUUCUAUUCAUCCUAAUUUAAAAAAAAAAAUGUUAUUUCAUUAUUUGUAUAAUGCGACUUGUAACACUUCAAGAAUCCGUUGCUUACAAAAUAGAUUGCAUGCUUGCCCUCCUUCCCAAACCAAAAUUAUAUCCCCCCCCACCCAACAUUUGCGGCAUUAUAAAUGGAGCCAACACCUUACACAUUUCAAAUGGACCUCCUCAUUGUUCUGGUGUAAACCUAAACUGAUGACACCCUGCUCAAAUGGCAAACCGUCUGAUGUCCCCCUGCUUCGCGUUCCACGCCCCCUUUUCACCUCCAUAGUGACGCUACUGUCGUCCUAUUCUGAUACCAACGCUCUGCCUCAGAUCAUGAUUCUUCUACUUGAUUUAUCUUUUCUUUAAUACGGCGAUUAUUAGACAUUUACCUAAACUCGUUAUUCAGAUGUUUGUUGGAGAUGUUUACAUCCACGUCAGAUGUCGAUAUUGAUAGAAAGAUGGCCAUAGAGUCUCCUUUUCUCUGAGUGCCACCAAAAACUAAUUAAUAAACUUCUUCUAGUUGCACACAUAUUAAGGGCACACAUUUACGAGCAUAGAAAUAAGUUUUCAUUUUACUGAAACUGAUGUCGGUGACCCUAAAGCACGAGCACACUUGUAAUGCCAACAAAUCUUCUCUCUCCAGAAGCAGAUGUUGAGUACCCACAAUAUAGGUCACGACAUGAUGGCCCGAAUGGCGUCAUGUGAGACAGAAGUCUACCAGGCGAUG